GUUGAAUGAGUAGUUUAAUUUAUUGCUUGAAUUGGUAGGUAAGAAUCCAAAUUAGAUGAACGCAAUGGCGAAGCACAGAUCAGCUGAUCUACUUUCCGUACUCCUUCUGGUCAUCAUUCUGCAGGGCAGCUGUGUGGCAAGCAGAACCAUCUUAACUUUCAUCGGGGAUCACGGGGGAGCAGGCCUUGGCUCCGAUGUCGGAGUGGGAGUGGGUGCGGACGUGGGUGCUAAGGUGGGCCUCGGAGGGCGGCUUGGUGGGGACGUUCAGGGUGCAGCCGGUGAUCAUGCGGCCGCCGACGGAUUAGGCCAUGGCGGAGCAGAUGCUGGAGCUGGAGCUGGCGUGGGCGCCGGGGUCAAUGUAGGGGCCCGGGUUAAUGCUGGAGCGCGGGGAGGAUUACACGGCGGUGGGGGAGCUAGUCAUGCGGCCGGCCAUGGACACGAUAAUGCCGCCGGCGCAGACGAAGCAUGCUAUAAUUGUGUAGUUAAUAAUAAUAAUAGUGGUCCAAGAGGGAAGGAUGGAUCGUCGUCCUCAUCCACCGCAAGUCGACGUCACGGAAAGCAAUCAACUAGUGUUGAUCAUAGCGCAGGAGGCGGAUCCACAAGUGCAGCAGAGGAAAAUGUAAGAACUUCAACGAGUUCCGGAGGUGGUAGUGGAUCCAGAGGAAGCGCAGGAGGAAGAGGAAGUGCCUCCUCGUCUUCCCAUGGCGGCAGAUACAGCAGUAGUGCAGGAGGAAGUGGAAGUGCCUCAUCUUCCGAUGGCGAGGGAGAAGCCUCUUCUUCGGGUGGCAAAGGAGGAUCGAGAAGUGGCAGCAACGGAAGUGCCUCGUCUUCUGGAGGAGGGAGUGGAAGUGCCUCAACUUCCGGCAGUAGUGCAGGAGAAAGUGGAAGUGCCUCUUCUUCGGGUGGAGGAUCGAGAAGUGGCGUCAGUGGAAGUGCCUCGUCUUCUGGCGGCAAUGCCGCAGGAGGGAGUGGAAGUGCCUCAACUUCCGGCGGUAGUACAGGAGGAAGUGGAAGUGCCUCUUCUUCGGGUGGAGGAUCGAGAAGUGGCGGCAGUGGAAAUGCCUCGUCUUCCGGUGGCAAUGCAGGAGGGAGUGGAAGUGCCUCAACUUCCGGCGAUAGUGCAGGAGGAAGUGGAAGUGCCUCUUCUUCGAAUGGAGGAUCGAGAAGUGGCGGUAGUGGAAGUGCGUCGUCUUCCGGUGGCAAUGCAGGAGGGAGUGGAAGUGCCUCAUCUUCCGGCAGUAGUGCAGGAGAAAGUGAAAGUGCCUCUUCUUCGGGUGGAGGAUCGAGAAGUGGCGUCAGUGGAAGUGCCUCGUCUUCCGGCGGCAAUGCAGGAGGGAGUGGAAGUGCCUCAUCUUCCGGCGGUAGUGCAGAAGGAAGUGGAAGUGGCUCGUCUUCCGGUGGAGGGAGAAGUCAAAUUUCAAGUACUGAUGCUGCCUCUUCUGAGGCUGCAGACAACAAUGGGGAAGUUUCCAGCGGAUCAGCCGGCGGAGGAAGAAGUGGAAGUGGAAGUUCUUCGACUGCUACUAACGGAAGUGAUGGCUCUUCAAAUUCAGUUGGCGGAGCUUCGUCCCACUCAGAUAGAAGCCGCAGUCCUAGGGGAGGCGGAGGCGCUGAUGCCGGCGUUGAUGGAGGUGUAUCGGUAGGGGGUGGAGUUAACAUGGGUGUAGGCGCGGGGCUCGGUGGCGGAGGGGGUUUAGGAGGAGAUGGAGGGGUGGAUGGCGGUGAUGGAGUAGGAGGGGCCGGUGCGGGAGUGGGUGGGGAUGCGGGUGUGGGUGCCGGUGCUAACGUCUUUCUGGGGGGAGGUGUCCACGGCAACGGCUUUGUCGGGGGUGAAGGUGACGGCGAACUCGGCCACUCCACCACCCCUUGAUCAAUCCACUUAUACUUAGUUUUGGUGCUCACACUAUUAGCAACAAUCGCUCCCUUAAUCCAAAAGAAAGCAGAGAGAGAGGAGUAUUUCAUUAGUUCCAUAAUUAUUUGCCUUUUUUCCAUCUUCCCCUGACGGAAUUAAUAAUACAAUGUACAUAUAAAUAGAAUAAUAAAUAAAUACCGGUAACCCAACCAUAGAGUUGUGU